GAAAACAGACAUGUUACUAGUAGUAACGUUUUUAUAAAGAAGUGGCGCGUAUUACUAAUUUCCAGCACUUUCCGUCGAAUUUGGUCGAAUCCAGAUGUUGGACAGAAAAUGUUAUCAAAUUGCAAAUUUUUGGAGUGUUAACUGAACUUCUACCCAAAAAUCAUUCCAUUCCUGUCCAGUACCCAUCCAAGGACCCUAUAAUGUGCAAUGCGUUCCUUUUCCGACUCUGAAAUACAAGGUAUAGUACGUAUCCAAGCCUGUAUUCGUGGAAUUCUUACGCGCAAAAGAUUCCAAGAAGCUUUACGACAAUUUCGAAAUGUAGCAAUUGACUGUGGUGAAUCUGAGGAAAGUUUAAAUAACUACUGUUCUAAGUUUAAUUAUUUCAAUAAGUAUAAAACUCAUCAACUUAACAACGAUCGAUCUUGUGAAAAAUUAAAACUCCCAGAAUUGUAUGCUCUGAGAAACAGUCUUUUUCUUGAAGCUAUAUGGUUAGAUCAGGCUAUCUGUAGUCGACGUAACUUUCUAAUGUACAAACAGAAUAUUAUGACACAUUUCAAUCAGUGAGUGUGCUUAUCCAGAUAAAGCAAUAGUAGUAGUAAUAACAUUAUAAUUACCGAGUGAUGUGAUUCAUUGUAUUAUUUCCUUCUUCGUCUUAUUAAUUCUGUUUGAUAUUGACUUUAUCAAUGAC